AUGGAAGAGUAUUGUUUGCUGCUGAAUGACGAAGAGAUUGUUGUUGUUGAGGCUCUUGGAGUCCAGAUUGAUCAACCUGAAAUGCAAGCACCUACUGUAGCCUUUCAAACUUCACCAGUUGAGCUUGCACAACAAGCUCCAUCGGCAGCUCGAUCGAGUCGAAAUUUAGCUCGAUCGAGUCAGACCUCAUCUAUCAUCAAGCCGAUUUUGCUUGAUCCUUACCAGCCAGUUGACACAUCAUCCAGCCGCCUACUCAGUCAAAGCCAUAAGGAAGUGAUUUACAAGUUCAGAAGAGACCUAAGCGAGAUUGGAGUUGAGUUGCCUUCUAUGGAAAGCAUGAGUGAAGCCUUUGAGCAAAUGAAGUUGAUUCAAGAUGUUAUGGCUCACAAGGACAAGGUGAAGGAUCAAGGGAAGUUCACUCUCCCUUGCACACUUGGGCAUAUUGAGCUUGACAAUGCCUUGGUGGAUUCUGGUGCAAGCAUCAACCUCAUCUCACUCACAAUGGCAGAAAAGAUUGGCAUUGCUGGAGCAUUGCAGCGCCCUACUACUUCAAUCAUGUUUGGAGAUGCUACUUCAAAGUCUCCUAUUUUGUGUUCAAGAACUAUCACUUGA